UGUGCAGCACAGGUGUUCGUCAUCUUCCCCACGCGCGCAAGAACGCUCAAGCAAAGACUAGUUCCCAUGGCAACCAUUGCCACUGUAUAUACAUCGAGAGAGGGAGAGAGAGCAAGCGGCAUUGGUUGCUAAGUUGCAGUGUAAAGAGUGUGUGAACUAGCUGACCGGCCAUGUCGGAGUGGCUUCGAGGCACGGCUCACAGGUGGAGGGAGCUCCAUGGCCAGAACAACUGGGACGGCCUCUUGGACCCGUUCGACCUCGACCUCCGCCGCACCGUCAUCCGCUACGGCGAGAUGGCGCAGGCGACGUACGACGCCUUCAACCACGAGAAGCUCUCGCCGCACGCGGGCCUCUCGAGGUUCGGCAGGCGCCGCUUCUUCGAGCGGGUGCAGCUGCCGGACCACGCCGCCGCAUACCGCGUCACCAAGUUCCUGUACGCGACGUCGUCCGUCGCCGUGCCCGAGCCGUUCAUCCUGAGGUCCGUGUCGCUCGGGCGCCGGUGCCGGGAGUCCAACUGGAUCGGCUACGUCGCGGUGGCCACCGACGACGGGAAGACCGCGCUCGGGCGCCGGGACAUCGUCGUCGCGUGGCGAGGCACGACGCAGGCGCUCGAGUGGAUCAACGACAUGGAGUUCGUCAUGGCGCCACCCAGGAGCCUCCUCGGCGACGAAGCCUCCGAAGCCACGGUGCAUCGAGGGUGGCUGUCCAUGUACACGUCCAGUGACCCUGAGUCCAGCCACAACAAGGACAGCGCGAGAGAUCAGGUGCUGAGCGAGGUGGCGAGGCUGGUGAGCAUGUACGACGGCGAGGAGCUCAGCAUCACGGUGACGGGGCACAGCCUCGGCGCCGCCCUCGGAACGCUGAACGCGUUCGACAUCGCCGCGAACGGCUACAACAGGUCACCCCGCGCCGCCGCGGCGACGGCGACGGGCUGCCCGGUCACCGCGUUCGCGUUCGCAAGCCCACGCGUCGGCGGGCACGGCUUCAGGAGGCGGUUCGAUGGCGCGCGCGGCGCCGGCCUCCGCCUCCUCCGCGUCCGCAACGCCCGCGACAUCGUCCCCAGGUACCCAACGGCGCUGCUGUACCACGACGUGGGCGCCGAGCUGGCGAUCGACACGGGCGAGUCGCCGUACCUGAGGAAUCCCGGGAACGAGCUUCUGUGGCACAACCUCGAGAGCUACCUGCACGGCGUGGCCGGCGCGCGUGGCGGCGAGGCCGGUCGGUUCGAGCUCGCCGUGGAGCGCGACGUGGCGCUGACGAACAAGUUCUACGGCGCGCUGCGCGACGAGCACCCCGUGCCGGCCGGGUGGUGGAUCCCGUCGAACAGGGGAAUGGUCAGAGGCGCCGACGGCCGCUGGACUCUGAUGGACUGCGAGGAAGACGAAGACGCUGAAUAGCAAAUGUACAUCCCAACGUUGCAUGAACACGUACAUUACAUGCAUUAAUGAAUAAAUAAUUAGUACA